AUGGAAGAGAACGGGCGCGUCCAGUUGAAAAAGGAACGAAAAGGUUUUUGUAGAAAGUUGAGAGACUGGUUCGACUGGAAGAGACGCGCCCGGAAACAGGAAGGAAAGAAUUUUAUUGGGGAUAACGGACCUGUUAAAAAAGACAUUGAAAGAGUUUAUUGCAGCGAUAUGGUUGAGGCUAAAUUAAAAAAUUAUAGCAUGAUUAAUGUCAUUGGUCAGGGUGCCUAUGGGAAGGUACUUUUGGCCGAAUCAAAGGCAACUAAAGAGCUUUAUGCUCUGAAGGUUAUACAGAAAAAUCCCCUAAAGCCUCAGAAGACAUUUGAUAGGUUCCGCAUCGAAAAGGAGAUCUUAGAAACUUCUAGAAACAAUCCAUUUAUAGUGAAAUUUCAUUCUUCUUUCGAAACUCCCUCCAAAUAUAUAUUCGCUCUCGAAUACGUAAAUGGUGGUGACCUACGUCGGUUCAUGAGAAAAACAGGGAAACUGUCAGAGGAUUCUGCUAAAUUCUAUUUAUCGGAGAUUAUAGUUGGGCUAAAUUUUCUACAUUCUAUGGGAAUAGCCCAUAGAGAUCUCAAACCCGAGAAUGUGCUCAUAGAUAAAGAUGGGCACAUUCGAAUUACAGAUUUUGGAUUAAGCAAAAUCGGUCUAAAUGGUAACAAAAAAACUCGGAGUUUAUGUGGGACCCCAGCUUACCUGGCCCCUGAAAUGAUAUGGUGCAAAGGCUAUGGGUUUAGUGUCGAUUUUUAUGCCCUAGGAAUCAUUAUGUAUGAGAUGUUGACUGGAAACGAGGCAUUUGUUUAUGCGCAAGAGCAGAGAAGAACUUUGUGUCAAAGACUAUUUGGAAAACGCAAAACAAUGGGAAUAACAAGUAUAUCAGAAGAGGCAUCUGCGGUAUUAAAAGGAUUCUUACAAAAAAAUCCGAAAAAAAGAUUGGGGUGCCAUCCCCAAUCCGGUUUCAAGCAGAUGGUUUCCAUGCCAUUUUUUAAAGCGAUUGAUUGGGAACUGCUCAAAGCUAAAAAAGUUAUACCUCCAUAUAAACCAUCACUGAGUGGAAGAACGGAUAUCUCAAAUUUCAAUUCAAAAUUCAGGGCUCAGGAACCUAUAUUAACUUCAGAAUCCCAGUAA